AUGUCAUCAUUAAGAAAUAGACAAGGUCCACCUCCUGAACAAUUAUGGAAAUCUUGGGAUCGUAAAGCACGUAAACAAGGUUUUCAUUCUACAAUCUAUUCAUCUGAUGGUUCACAAUAUAAAGGAGAAUGGAAAAAUGAUAAAAAACAUGGUAAAGGUAUUUACAUAUGGAAAUCGACAGGAGAUUUUUAUGAAGGUGAUUUUGCUAAUGAUGCACGAAAUGGUUUUGGUACAUUAACUGUAAAAACAUCUGAUGGUAAAUUUCAAAGACAAUAUGCAGGUGGUUGGAAAAAUAAUAUGCGACAUGGAUAUGGAAAUUUAUUUUUUUCGGAUAAUGAAUAUUAUGAAGGAGAAUUUUAUGCUGAUAAACGAAAUGGAUGGGGACGAAUGUUCUAUGCUGAUGGAUCAACCUACGAAGGACAAUGGCUUGAUGAUAAACGACAUGGAACGGGCAUGUUACGAUUAGCAAAUGAUAAUCGUUAUGAAGGACAGCUUAUGGAAGGUUUAUGGGUUGAUGAUAUUUGUAAAGCAGGUGAAAUGAAAGAUUUUGGACGAGAUCAAGCUAUUUUACCGACACCUUAUCCUAUUCCAGAUUUAUCACUAGCACAACCUGAUCAAGUUUUGGCAGAAGCUGAAGCCACAUUUUUGGCAACAGAUGGAUAA